AAAUCGCCGAGAAAUUUUUUGUUUUUUCUUAGAAAGAUUUUCUCCGGCAAUCUGCAAAAAAAAAAAGGAGUGUUAGAAAAUCAAAUGUGAUGGGAAGUGGAUUCUCCUCCGUCUUACCUUGCUUCAAUCAAGGUCACCGUAACCGCCGUCGUCACUCAUCGGCGGCGAAUCCGACUCAUUCCGAUCCGAUUGAGUCUCUCUGUGAGCCGUUGGAUGAGACUUUAGGCCAUUCUUACUGUUACGUUCCUUCUUCUAAUCGCUUCAUUUCUCCGUUUCCUUCCGAUCGAUUCGUUUCUCCUUCUGGUUCUUUCCGGUUAUCUCCUCCGCAUGAACCGGGUCGGAUCCGAGGUUCCGGAUCAUCCGAGCAGCUUCACACCGGGUUUAGAGCGAUUUCUGGUGCUUCUGUUAGCGCCAACACUUCGAAUUCCAAAACUGUCCUCCAGCUAGAAGAUAUUUACGACGAUGCCACUGAGAGCAGCUUCGGCGGCGGCGUUCGGAGCAGUGUUGUCAAUGCCAAUGGCUUUGAAGGAACCUCGUCGUUUAGUGCUCUCCCGCUUCAGCCUGGUCCGGAUCGGUCGGGUCUCUUCAUGUCGGGUCCAAUCGAAAGAGGAGCCACUUCAGGUCCCUUAGACCCGUCGGCCGGAGCGAUUUCGAGAUCUAAUUCCGCCGGCGUGCAUUUCUCGGCGCCGCUCGGUGGUGUAUACUCGAAGAAGAGACGGAAAAAGAAGAAGAAGAGCCUUUCAUGGCACCCGAUUUUCGGUGGGGAAAAGAAGCAACGGCCAUGGGUUCUUCCGGUGUCGAAUUUCGUCGUCGGUGCUAAGAAGGAGAACAUUGUGAGACCCGACGUCGAAGCCAUGGCAGCAUCUUCCGGAGAGAACGAUUUACAGUGGGCAUUGGGGAAGGCAGGAGAGGACAGAGUGCAAUUAGCUGUUUUUGAGAAGCAAGGAUGGCUUUUCGCUGGAAUCUACGACGGUUUCAACGGACCCGACGCGCCGGAGUUUUUGAUGGCUAAUCUCUACCGUGCUGUUCACAGUGAGUUACAAGGUUUGUUCUGGGAAUUGGAUGAAGAAGAUGAUAAUUCAACAGUUCCUAAUGAGUUAGAGCAACGAGGUAAAGUUGAGGCUCAAGUCGACGAAAUGGCAAGUUCGAGCUGUCCAGCAACAGACAAGGAAGAAGACGAGAUGGGAAAGAGAUUGACCUCUUCUUCAUUAGAGGUGGUGGAAGUCAAGGAGAGGAAACGGCUAUGGGAGCUUCUUGCAGAGGCUCAAGCAGAGGAUGCGUUAGAUCUAUCAGGUUCUGAUAGGUUUGCAUUCUCAGUGGAUGAUGCUAUCAGUGCAGGCAAUGCCGCGUCUGUGGGAAGUAAAAGAUGGUUGCUCUUGUCAAAAUUGAAGCAGGGUUUAUCUAAACAAGGAAUUUCUGGGAGGAAGUUGUUCCCAUGGAAGUCUGGUGUGGAGGAGAAUGAAAAUGAGGAGGUAGAUAAUGUUGGAGUAGAAGAACGGGUUGAUAAGAGGAGGAAGAGACGAAAGGCGGGUACGGUUGAUCAUGAGUUGGUUCUAAAGGCAAUGUCAAAUGGUCUUGAAGCCACAGAGCAAGCAUUCCUAGAAAUGACUGAUAAGGUUCUUGACACCAAUCCCGAGCUUGCAUUGAUGGGUUCGUGCUUACUGGUUGCACUGAUGAGAGAUGAUGAUGUGUAUAUAAUGAACAUAGGGGAUAGUAGGGCUCUUGUUGCACAAUAUCAGGUUGAAGAAACGGGUGCGAGUGUGGAGACAUCAGAAAAAGUAGAAGAAAGACGCAAUGAUGUAGACAGAGACGUUGAAAACAAAGAGCCUUUGGUUGUGGAUGGUAGCGAUAGUACAGUGAACAACGAAACUCCUCUGCCGCAAACGAAACUGGUUGCUCUGCAGCUAACAACAGAUCACAGCACGAGCAUCGAGGAUGAAGUAACAAGAAUAAAAAACGAGCACCCAGAUGACAACCAUUGCAUAGUGAAUGACAGGGUGAAAGGACGGCUUAAGGUGACCAGAGCGUUUGGAGCGGGAUUCUUAAAGCAGCCAAAAUUGAACGAUGCUUUGCUGGAAAUGUUUAGAAACGAAUACAUUGGUACGGAUCCAUACAUAUCAUGCACACCUUCCCUUCGUCACUACCGGCUAACAGAGAAUGAUCAGUUUAUGGUUCUCUCAUCUGAUGGAUUGUACCAAUACUUGAGCAAUGGGGAAGUUGUUGCUCUUGCCAUGGAGAAGUUUCCAGAUGGAGAUCCUGCUCAACAUGUUAUACAGGAACUUUUAGUCCGUGCAGCCAAGAAAGCUGGAAUGGAUUUUCAUGAACUUCUCGAUAUCCCGCAAGGAGAUAGAAGAAAGUAUCACGACGAUUGCACUGUAUUAGUGAUAGCACUUGGAGGAAGCAGGAUCUGGAAGUCAUCAGGAAAGUACCUUUGAGGCCAAAAAGCACAAUUUGAAGACAACAGAUAAAAACUCUCCUUAUAGAUUAGCCUCUUUUGACUUAAUGCAGCAAAUCAAGAGGGUGCCAAGUUUUCUUGCUUUUAAUUUUCCUUUUCUCAUGUUUCUGUAGGAAUUUUGGGUCAGAUUAGGUGGGGGGUUUUAUAUUUUGUUUCUUUGUUGAAUAGGGCAGGGAUUGGAAUAGAGGUGAAACCAAAAAAAAAAAAAAAAAAAAAAGAAGGAUAUGUAAUUUGGGGGUGGGGACAAAAGGGUAAUACAUAGAACAUUUUCCUCCUGGGGAAAAAAAAAAUCUUAUAAAUAUUCUUUUCUUUU